GUAAUAUUUAAAACAGUUAGUACAAAGUUUUUUUUCAAUAAAAAAAGUUAACACAGAAAAAAAAGUUAGUAAAAUUUACUUUAUGAUGACAUACAGGUCUCAUGUGCGUAAACUAGAUAUUUAAAUAUUUAAUACAUAAAUUAAUUAUUGUAUAAUUGUCUCUCUAAUUUACAUGUAAAGUUUAAACUGACAUAUAUUUUGAAACGAAAGGAGUACAAUGUUAGAUUGAUCAUUUAUGCAAUUCCCUACACAAACUCCAUCGUAGCAUAUCAUAAAAAGGAGACACAAAAACUCCAAUUUUCCACCCAAAAUUGUGUAGCCGACGAGCCGUCAAAGAUUAAAUGCUCCCGGUGAAAAAGUCAAAAUGAAAGUGAAAAUACAACCUUUUGGGUUUUACCACUCCAACCAACCAUCUCUUGACACGUCAUUCGAUCUAUAUCUACCGUGAGCCCCACACGUGAACCUUGACACAAUGACACUUCAGUCAUUAUCUCUUCUUUUUUCCCACCUCCCUCAUUUCAUUACCCCAAAAAAAUAAAAAUAAAAAAUAAAAUAAAAUAUUCCCCCUUAAAUAUCCCCCCAAAAAAAAAGAAAAAGAAAAAAAUAAAUAAAAAGGCCUAGAGUGGUGAUAGAUAAACUUUUUUAUUUUUUUACAAAACCCAUAAAAAUCAAAAGAAAACCCCGAAACAGAUUUUACCCUCUACCUUAACGGCUUAACCCCUAGUGAAAAAAUCAAUCAUGCUGGAGGAUAACUCUGGUGGAGGCGGUGGCAGUGGAGAUGGCAGCGGCAGCGGCAGCGGUGGUGGGAUGGGGUCCAUGACGGUGGAGGAGAUGGUGGCGGCGGUGGAGAAUGGCGGUGGUGUUAUUGGUGGUGGUGGAGAGGAGGAGAGAGGGAAAGGAGGAGGAGGAGAUUUGGGUAACAGGUGGCCACGUGAAGAAACUCUGGCCUUGUUGAAGAUAAGGGCCGAUAUGGACCUUACGUUUCGUGACGCCACUACUAAAGGUCCGCUUUGGGGUGAGGUUUCAAGGAAAUUAGGUGAGCUUGGGUAUCAACGAAGUGCAAAGAAAUGUAAAGAGAAGUUUGAGAACAUUUUCAAAUACCACAAAAGGACUAAAGAAUGUCGAUCUAGUAGGCAGAAUGGAAAAAGUUAUCGUUUUUGUGAGCAAUUGGAGAGGUUUGAUAACCAACCCUCGUUUUCAUCACCUCUUCCAAAUGCAAGUCAAAGCCAAAAUCAAUCACAAGCAGCAAUAGCAGCAGCACCAAUCAGCUACAAGCCCACCGGUGCUUGUUUUGAUACUAUGGUGCCUCGUCCAAUCCAGAACCCAAGUAUGGAGUUUGUUACCCCAUCUACAUCAACUACCUCCUCAUCUGGGAGAGAGUCAGAAGGAAAUAGUAAGAGAAAGAGGAAAUUAUCUGAUUACUUUGAGAAAUUGAUGAGAGAAGUUUUGGCGAAGCAAGAGCAUUUACAGAUGCAGCUUUUAGAGGCUUUGGAAAAGUGCGAGAAAGAUCGAAUGGAGAGGGAAGAAGCAUGGAGAUUGCAACAGAUGGAGAGGAUUAAAAAAGAACAAGAAUAUUUAGCUCAAGAGCGAGCAAUUGCUGCUGCAAGAGAUGCUACUGUGAUGGCAUUCUUGCGAAAGAUCUCGGAACAAUCAUCAGUGCAGUUUCCAGAGCCUCCUACUCCUAUGUCUGACAAACAUGUGGACACGCAGCAGCCUCAAACUCCAGUUCCGUUGCCAAGGAUUAUUGGGCAUGAAGAGCUUGGGAACAACAGUGCUGGACAAGGGGAUACAUUUGAUAGAGAAAUAAACAGGCAAAACAAUGGUUUUAGUGGAAGUUACAAUCUGGCAACUACUUCACGAUGGCCUAAAGCGGAAGUUGAAGACUUGAUUCGGCUAAGAACAAAUCUCGGCAUGCAGUUUCAGGAUAAUGGUCUCAAAGGGCCACUAUGGGAGGAGAUUUCUGCUGCUAUGAAGAAGCUUGGUUACAAUAGAAAUGCCAAGAGAUGUAAAGAGAAAUGGGAGAACAUAAACAAGUACUACAAGAGAGUGAAGGAUAGCAACAAGAGGAGGCCAGAAAGUUCGAAGACAUGUCCUUAUUUUAAUUUGCUGGAGUCUCUGUAUGAAAGAAAGUCUCAAAGAAUUGAACCAAAUCAGGAGUGGUCUGGAAAUAAUCUGAAACCUGAAGACAUCCUAAUGCAGAUGAUGGGCCAGCAAGAGCAGCAACCUCAGCAGAAACAAUCAUCAAAUGAAGAUGGCGGAUGCAACAAUGUCGAUCAAAGUAGAGAAGGAGAUGCUAUGGAGGAGGAUGAAGAGAACGACAGUGGUGGUGGUGAUGGUUACGAAAUUGUUCCAAAUCAUCCUCCUUCAGGUACUUCAGUGGAACAAUGAGAUAGUAAGACAGAAGAACCUUAUGUAUGAAAGUCGAAACUGGUGCAAAAAGUCAACCAUUGUCGAAGUUAUUGGUGGAUGAAAGUCAAUCACAAGAGAUGACAAUUGAGUAUUGUAGUGUCUGCCGAGAAGAUGAUGGAGCUUUUUGGAUCAAAGCUUGUAGUUGGUAUGCACAAGCUGAGCAGUGUGGUUACUGAAAAGUUUUUUGUUUGUUGGAUCUCUUAGUUUUUCCAUCUUUUAUCGUUUGAGUACCAAUGAUUGGUAGUAAUUUGUUUCUUUCUAGCUAUGUAUAUUCAGUUGGUUUCUUUUUUUUUUUUUUUUUUCUGUUCUUUGGUAAAUAUUGACAUAGUUGAGAAUGGUAUUGGCAACUACACCAUGUACCACUAAGUCAAUUUUGUUCGUGAAGUUUCCAGUAUCAUGUUUUUUUUUUUUUUUUU